AUGCCAAUCAUUACUGAUCAGGGGAAGAAAUUGCUGGGCGUCCAAGUGGUCUGCCUCGCUAUUGUUUGGUUGCUCAUUACACCUCUAAGAGUGUUGUCCAGGGUGUUGACUAAGAAAAGAUCAAACCAGACCUGGAAACAAAUGCCUUGGAUGGAAGACGCGUCGAUGUUUGUGGCCUUGUUGCUCUACACGUUGAUGGCUGGCUUCGCUUUGGAGGGAAUCAUUGAUGGUGGAAUCGGCAAACACACAUCCGACAUCCCCUUGGAAGAGGCGUCCAUAGCCUUUCGGGCAUGGUUCAUCUGUGAACUGAUAUACGGUCCGCUUAGUGCCGUCGUCAGAACGUCAAUUGCACUUCUGCUUCUCCGUCUGAAUCCGUCUAGGAUCCAAAAACGAAUUUUAUACGUCUGCAUGGCUAUUGUAUAUGCGUUCACCGUUGUGUACUUCCUCAUCAACUUGCUGCAGUGCAGCCCGCCAUCGUACUUUUGGGAGCAAUUCCGCAACUUCGACAUGGCAGGAAGAUGCGACAAUCCACAUCUACUCCCGAACGCAGCAAUUGCACAUAGUGUCAUAGCCGCCACCAGUGAUUUGGUCAUCUCAAUCCUGUCCACCUACACAAUAGCAAGAAGCUUCAUCAAUUCUCCGACGGACACGACAUUGGAAGAAAAACGGCGACAAGGAAGGGUGCAGACGGCGAUGGUGGUGCUACGACGCAACAAGACAAAAGUAGUCAUCAUGAUUUUCUUAGGCCUCGGAGGCACUGCUGGCGCAAUAAUGCUGGCUCGCACCCGCUACAUCAAAAUUCUUGAGAUCACACCGGACUUUCUGUAUAGAACUGUGUAA